UACAUACAUAACAUCAUAGCCACCGACUUACAUUCUCUCACCCUAUAUAUCUUCCCAACCCCCUCUUCAUUUUCAUUCCUCCAAUUUACUCCAACAACCAUAACCAAAAACCUGAAAGGUCUUACAGUUGUGUCUAGAAGGAUCGUAUCACAAUGGGCGAGAAAGUGGAAGGUGCGAAGAAUGAGGGCGACAAGAAGGCCGCCGACGCCGGAAAGAAGGUCGACGGUCCUCCCACUGUCGUUUUUAAGACCGACAUGCAUUGCGAGGGAUGCGCCAAGAAAAUCAAACGAGCUGUCAAACACUUCCCUGGUGUUGAACAAGUGAAGACAGAUGCCGGAGCCAACAAACUGACGGUGACCGGGAAAGUGGACGCCGCCGCUCUGAAGGCGAAACUCGAGGAGAGGAUUAGGAAGAAGGUCGACCUCGUCUCUCCUCAGCCGGCCAAAAAGGAAGGAGGCGGUGAAGGAGGAGGAGACAAGAAGAAGGCGGAGGAAAAGUCCGAAAAGCCCUCGGAGAAGAAAGCCGAGGAAAAAAAGCCGGCCGAUCAGCCCAAAGAGAAAGAGGCCCCCAAAGAGAGCACGAUCGCUUUGAAGAUCCGGUUGCAUUGCGAGGGUUGCAUCCAGAAGAUGCGCAGUAAAAUCUUGAAGUUCAAAGGUGUUAGUACGGUGGCCUUCGACAUGGCCAAAGAUCUGGUCACGGUGGUGGGCACGAUGGACACCAAAGCGCUAGUUCCCUAUCUGUCGGAGAAGUUCAAGAGACCGGUCGACGUGAUCGCGCCGGCGAAGAAGGACGACGGCGCCGGAGCCAAGAAAGAUGAUAAGAAAGCAGCUGCCGGAGGCGGCGAGAAGAAAGACGGAGGUGGUGACAAGAAGGAAGAAAAUAAAGAGGGAAAGAAGGAAGCUGCCCCCGGAGGCGGUGGAGGCGAGAAGAAAGAAGCUGCUGCUGCCGGCGGCGGUGGAGGUGCGAUAGUGAACAAAAUGGAGUAUUCCGGCUACCCUUACCCGGCGUCGACGUCGUACUGGUACGACCCCGGACACGUUUACAACCACAACAAGUUUGUGAUGGAGGCUCAGGAGCACCAGGCGCAUGUUAGCCAAGGGUACGGGAACUACAACUACGCAAUGCCCAUGGAGCACUACCCUGAGCCGCAGAUGUUCAGCGACGAGAACCCCAACGGUUGUUCGGUGAUGUGAGAGAUCAACGUCCGGCGGUGGUUGAUGACAAUGAAGUUGAGGGCCAAAUAGGAAUUUCAAGAACAAAAUGUAUAUAAUAAGGACAGUAUAUAAGAGAGGAAAUACAAGGGUUAUGUACGACUACGAGUAGUGUUAGUGGUGGAAUUUUGGUGUUACGGUUUAGGGUGUCAUAGAGAUAGACCGACCGGCCGGCCGGCCAGCUGGUUAGCCGGUUCAGAUGUUGGUGUGCUUGUUGGUUCAAUUCAAAUCUUCAAUAUGAUUAAAUUUUCCACUUAA